AUCAAUGUUACAUAUGGUGUAUUGUGUUUCCUGCUAAAUACACAAAAAUGUAUAUUUGAUGUACGUUUAUGAGUUUUGGAGCUUUUCUAAAAGUGAAAAACAAAAGAAAGUAUAUACUUUUCUGCGCGGUUUGACAUUGUUUGAGACUACCAGCCUGUCCAGGGUGUACAGUCCAGCACAGUUUAAACGUAAAGAAACCAAAACUAUCUAAUUAUCUGUGCAGUUUUACCCAUUCCAGGUUUAGCAACGUUAACAGGGUUUCACUAAUGGCAUGUGAUCAGGUCAUACCAUACUUCAUUUAUUGUCCCUUUCUAUUUGCUUCUCUUUUGUUCUUUUGUCGUUUUUUGUUUUAUUCCCUUUAUCCUCCUGGGCUCUAAGAGCGAGCACAUGGGUUAACACACGAUACAGCAUUAGAGAGAUACAGCAUGGACAAAUCUCUUUUGGGGAAAGGUGAUGAGUCAGGUAGAUCUGCAUGUGUGUGAGGGGGCGAGAGGGUUUAGUGAUCACCUUACUGAGGGAAGGCACCGAGCUCUCUUUGCUGAGAGUAGACUGACUCACUAAAGUAAAAACUAAUCCACAUCUGGAUACAUUUUCUCUUUAUUUUUGCGGAGUCACGCAUAUUUCUCCUUCCACCUUGUUAUCCCUUCCACUGCGUCACCAUGGAUAUUGGUGGCCUGACGACAGUGGUGGCCAACUCUGCCUACAUCUCUGCCCGGGGCAGCUUCGAUGGGACUGCCAACCCUGCGGUCAGCCGGGACAAAAAGUACCGCUCCCGCCUGAAACUUCCCCACAUUACGAUUUGCGAAGGUCUGCUGGAAACCUUGGACCUCGGGUUCCAUUCCGUCUGCGUGGAGCAGCCCAUUGGCAAACGUCUUUUCCAGGAAUUUUUGGAGUUCAACAAUGAAUAUAAAGGCCCAUGCCGUCUGUGGAAGGACGUUGAGGAGUAUAACAUGGCUGAAGAUGAAGACAGAGCCAAAAAAGCCAGCAAGAUCUUGUCUCGGUACAUGGAGCCUGACGCCAAGUAUUAUUGCCCUUUUCUGCCGGAAAACGGCAUCACAAARGUCAAAGAGAAACACCAAGAAGCUGGGGACGACCUCUUCAAUGAGACCAUGGACAAUGUGUUGGACUUUCUCAAGGAGGUGCCCUACACGUUUUUCCUGGAGAGCAUGUACCUKAAGAGAUUCCUGCAGUGGAAGUGGCUGGAGAUGCAGCCCAUCGGCGAAGACUGGUUCUUGGAUUUCCGUGUGUUGGGUAAAGGGGGGUUCGGAGAAGUGUCUGCCUGUCAGAUGAGGGGAACGGGAAAACUGUACGCCUGCAAGAAGCUCAACAAGAAGAGACUGAAGAAAAGAAAAGGUUACGAGGGGGCAAUGGUGGAGAAAAGGAUCCUGGCUCGAGUCCACAGCAGGUUUAUCGUCUCUUUGGCUUACGCCUUCCAGUCCAAAACAGAACUUUGUCUGGUCAUGACCAUCAUGAAUGGAGGAGACCUAAGGUACCACAUCUAUAAUGUGGAUGAGGACAACCCAGGCUUUGAAGAGUCACGCGCCUGUUACUACGCUGCACAGAUCAUCCAGGGCAUGGAGCACCUCCACCAGAAGAGGAUCAUCUAUAGAGACCUCAAACCAGAGAACGUGCUGCUGGACAAUGAAGGUAACGUUCGCAUCUCUGACCUCGGUCUUGCCGUGGAGCUGGCCGAUGAUCAGUUAAAAAUCAAGGGCUACGCUGGAACUCCAGGUUUCAUGGCUCCAGAGCUCCUGAAAGGAGAGGAGUACGACUACUCUGUGGAUUAUUUCGCUCUGGGCGUCACUCUCUAUGAGUUUCUAGCAGCCAAAGGACCUUUCAGGACCCGUGGAGAGAAGGUGGAGAACAAGGUGUUGAAGCAGCGGAUUCUGAACGAUCCCGUAACGUAUCCGGAGAGGUUCAGCSAAGAGGCCCGGUCCGUUUGCGAGGGUUUGCUGCGCAAAGAGGUGAACAAGAGGCUCGGGUUCAAGGAGGGGUCAUGUGACGAGCUGAGGGCACACGCCUUCUUCCGCGAGAUCAACUGGAGGAAACUGAACGCAGGGAUCCUGACUCCCCCCUUCGUCCCUGACUCCAAGACGGUGUAUGCCAAGGACUUGGACGACGUCGGGGCGUUCUCCACAGUGAAAGGCGUGGCGCUGGAGGAGGCAGACCGGACGUUUUUCGACGAGUUCGCCUCGGGGAACAUCCCAAUCCCCUGGCAGGAGGAGAUGAUCGAGACCGGGAUCUAUGGGGAGCUCAACAUCUGGGGCCCCGGGGGCGCUCUGCCCAACGACCUGCGGCGCGAGUCCAUCCUGGAGCAGCCGCCCAAGUCCUCCACCUGCUCCGUUUCCUGAGAGAGGGAUUACCGUGGCAUGAACAGCUGCCCGUUAACAGGGGGUUUUACAUGAACCGGUGUGGAAAUUGGAAGUGGUAAAAUUUACGAUAAGACAUUCUGAAAUAAUCACUUUUACAGGAUUAUUUUACUUUGGAAGCAACUUAUUGCUUCCAAACGUUCAGUUAUUUAAUUUAUUAACGUUAAACAAAUGCUUUAAAAUCCUUGCAUCAUAAAAAUCUUUUUUUUUGUCUUAAUGUAAUUUUUUUUUUCAUUAGUAAACUGCUUUAUCUAACAUUGUGUAACUAUUUCCAUUAAUACUAUGGUACAUUUAAAUUAAUUAUAGUGGAUUUUUGUGUAAUAUAAGCUUAUUUAUUUAUUUUUGUCAUCCUUCCUAUCUAUUACCUAAUAUGAUUAAAAGGUUUUCUAUUGCCAAUAUUCCAAUGUGGGCUCAACUACAUUGUUUUAUGUUUAUGGAUUUAGGUAAUUAAAAAAAACUUGCAUUUACGCUGUGAUUUAAAAAAAUUAAUCUCCAUUUUUCACUUCAGAAGGUUAAUAUUAGCAAAUAAAUUUACAUAUAGAAGUUUAUUUUUUGUAUUUUUUAGAAUUUUUUUUCUAAUUGUUUCAAUUGUGAAAUAAAAGUGUUGUACGUUA